UGAAAUGAAAAUGCAAAUUGCCAGUGGGAGGGUUAAAGUGUGCUUCGAAACAUAAGUAAUGUUGCUUUGAACAAAAUUCGAUGGCCUGUAAACAAUAUCGGCCGAUUACAAACUUUUGCUUUCUUUGACCGAAAGUUGUGUUGACUAUAUUCCAGUCUUAUGGGCUGCGGAACAUCAAGAUCUCCUGUUGCUGGCAACACUCUUCCGCAUCCAUCUAACCAAGGCGGCCAAACUGAGCCUUACUCGAAACAUUCUAAUUUAACUCCAGCGAGCAACGGUGAAGAAGAUAACAGGAGUAGUAGUUCUCAUCCAAAACCCAAGAAAAGGGGGAGUGACUUUGACUCUAUAACUUACGCGGAGGCAGCAGCAUCUCGAGCCCAAACUCCAGAAGGAAUGUGGGCCAUCGUGAAGAAAACCUGCAAUAGUGCUUCUUCGAGAGAGUGGACGCUACAAUCAGUAAAGAACCGUCGAGGUUGGAAAACCAUUCGACUGUUUGUGUCGUCCACAUUUCGGGACUUCCACGAAGAAAGGGAGGUCUUAGUAAAAGAGAUUUUUCCUGACUUACGUUUAUGGUGUGAGGAGAGAAAACUUCAUCUGGUUGAAUGUGAUCUGCGAUGGGGUGUGCCUAAGGACUCUUCAACAGAGGAAACUGUACGCAUCUGUUUGGAAGAAAUUGACAGAUGCUACAGAGACAAUGUUAUGCCAUAUUUCCUGAAUUUAACUUGCGGUCGAUCUGGCUGGAUUCCAGACUUUGGGGACUUGACAUACAAUCUUGCUGUGCAGUAUGGAUGGGUUUAUGGCCUGUCAAUCACAGAAAUGGAAAUUGUACAUGGAGCUUUUCGCAAGUGCAACCCAAAUGCUUUGUUCAUGAUAAGAGACAGCAAAUUUUGUGAGGAUUUGCCAGAAGAGGUCAAGGAUGCCUUUAUAGAUGAGAAAGACUUUCUCAAUGAAAAACUGAAGAAACUUAAAGAUGCCCUGAAAGAGCAGUUUCCUGAUGAUAAUGUAGUUCAUUAUGAAGUCAAAUGUGAACCUAAGAGUCUUACUAAAGUACAAGAAACCCGUGAUGAAAGAGAUGUCAGACUGAAAGGGCUCACUGGAAGUGAUUCCGUGUUUUAUAAUUCGGUGUUUAAGUUUUUCAAGGACCGUAUUGAGUACCAGUAUCCUUUGGAUCCCACUCCUGAGGAUCCACUUGAGGCUCAACGGAGUGCCCAUGAGUCAUUUUUGGACACUCGUGGCCAAGUUGUACUAGGAAGAGACAAGAUUCUCAAAGAGAUCGAUUCCUACAUUUCUACUGGCCAAUCCAGAGCCCCUCUGCUGUUAGUAGGUAAUGCAGGCUCUGGCAAGUCAGCCAUCAUGGCUCGUGCUGCAUGUGACGCUCUGGAUAAAUCUUCCUCAAGACAGUAUUCAUCAACAGGCGACACAUGGAAAGUGUUCUACCAUUUCGUUGGGGCGACACCAGGAUCGACAGACUUGGCCUUUUUCCUCCAGCGCCUCACUAAGGAGUUAGGCUCGGCUAAGAUGGAUGUAGUAAGUGAUCUGGAUUCACUCGUGCAGUUGACCAACAGCCUUCUCUCCAACCCAAACACCAAGCCCGCCAUCAUCAUCGUCGAUGCCAUUAACCAGCUUGAUGAUGAUAAGAUCCAGUAUCUGACGCGAUGGCUCCCCGAGACUCUCUCCCCAAAUAUCCGUGUAGUGCUUUCCAUGAUUGACAACACUGAGUGCCAUAGAUUGCUAAGAGCAUUCAAGACAGGACCCAGGGAAAUUCUUUGUGGGGAGUUGGAUUAUUCGUCAAGGAAGGCAAUUGUAGAGAACAUUCUCAAGCUGUACAACAAGAGGUUGGAUGACCAACAGAUGUCACUGCUGUUGAAGAAGGAGGGCUCAGCGAAUCCUCUGUGGCUGACUUUAGCGUGCGAGGAGCUCCGGGUAUUUGGGCACUUUAACAUGAUGGACGAGAAGAUCAGUAGUCUCAAGAACGAUCUUAUCAGCUUGGAAGAGCAACUUCUGACGCGUUUUGAGCUAGAAAAUGGAGGUCCCAUCGUCAUUGGUACUGUCUGCUUGUUGGAAACCUCUCGGCACGGCUUACUCGAGACAGAGCUUCUACAGAUGCUCGCAGACGAGACGAAUAUCAUCCCGCCGGCCUAUGUGGAGGGCGAUGAUGAGCCGACAGCCACGCAGGUGCAAACAAACGGAGAUGAAUCUGGAAACACUGUCUCGGCCAACCUCCAGAAAAAGGUUGACGAGACUUACGUACAGAAGGAAAAGAAGGAUGAGGAUGAAGAGGAUGAAGAUGGCAAAAAUGAUAAGAAAGAUGGGAGAGUGGAGAACAAGAAAAAAGUCAAGACUUUUCUUCCCGCUGCAAAAUGGGCGUUGGUCUACCGCGCCCUUAAGCCCCUGCUGCGACCUUGCGGGGACUUGGGCGAGGGGCGACUGGAUUUCUACCACCGGUCUAUCAGUAAGGCUGUCAGGAGGAAAUACUUCAGUGGGUCUGAUGGCUACGUCAAGCAUAUGUACGCAUUCUGGCACGGAAGGCACGCCGAGUUUUUCGAGAAUUGUGACGACUUUGAUAGAAAAUCUGAGGAAUUGCCCUAUCAUCUUGAGCAGCUGUUGGACCAUAACAGGUUAACCCGGUGCCUGCUGGACUGGGAGGUGUUCAGUCGUCUCUACAGCGAGGACUUCAGCAUCGACUUGCUGCGCUCUUGGCAGAGGGCUGGAGGCUAUUCGUCCGCGGCCUUGCUGUAUAAGGAGGCCUUGCAAGUACUGAAGAAGGACGAAGUGCCCUUAGAAGAUUAUGCCCACAAGAUGGAAAUGGUCAUCAAUUUCCUCAUUCAAGCGGGCCAGUACUCCGAGUCGUACGAAAUGUUAAAGGAGCGGCUGGAGAUAGAAGAGAAACAGCUUGGUGCACGCACAGAGCACCUGGCAAACAUUUACCACCUUAUGACCAAAACCAAGAGCGAGAUUGUGAAGAACCACAACUUUGUGACCAUGUCUCAGCUGGAGGAAGAUAAAGAGAUCGUGCAGAUUGGUAACAAGUCUCUGAGCUAUCGAAACAAGCUACAGGGAGAAGAACACGAGCACAAGAAAGCAUUGAUGUCCAUCCUGAUCGCUCAUCAUCUAAGCAUCGUGGCUGAUCUUGACAGAAGCCAAGCCGAAUCAGCCAGAAAGGAAUGCUUUCAGAUGAUAGACGAGGCUAUCGCAAUCUUCGAAAAGCAAGGAGAUAUGGGACAUGUGGCUGAAGCGAUCAUGACCAAGUCCUUCAUCAACCCUCGUCACACGAGGUACUUCAAGGAAAAAGAGGAGAUGUUGCAGAAGGCAUUCGAGCUUUGCCUCAAGACCUAUGGUGAGAAGCAUAUGCUGAUGCUACGACUGUACUUGAAUAUCGGCAUCCUGUAUGAAGACAACAGGGACCUUAGCAAGGCCUACGAUUACUUUGUAAAGUGGAACGAGACGUGUAUGGAGGUACUUGGCCCCUCCCAUCCCAAGACUAAACGGUCCAAGGACACACUAGAAGAGGCUGCCUAUGUCCGGAUACGAGAGCAGAGAGAAAGACAAGCAGCUGGUACUGCUUAGGAUCUUCUAUUUUACGACUAGGCAGCGUGCUUGGUAUGGUGAACUGCAAUUGGCGCCUUUCAAUCACUCGUAUUCAUUAUGUUACAAAACAAAAUGGAUAUCACUCUCAAGAUAACUAAUACUUAAAAUGACACAUCAUCAAUUUAUAUUAUUCUGUUCAAUUUGAACAGUGAUUAGUCAUAAAUCUUGCAAUAAUUGAUAGGCUAGGAACCUAAACUAUGUGAAAUGCCAUAAUUGCUUUGGCUAACAAUACUAUUCAAAUGUAUCUGUAUAAGUACUACAAAUGGCUAUUAUAGCCUUGUAAAUAGAUUAGACAAUGAAUCUGUAAUGAAUCAAAGAGAAGAGGGGAGAGUUAUUUUCCACAAAAGCACAGGUAUACAGCCUUUAAGGCAGAGAUAUACAUACUUCCUUUUUGGUUUCUGUUUUUCUUUUCUGUCAAAGGAUAAAAACCUCAACUGUUAAAAGACAAAAGAAUCUAUUAGAAUCCGAGAUAUUUAACAGGCCAUCCGCUCCAAGUUUUCAAUCAAAGAAACUUCCAAUAGAAACACUGCUUUCAAUAUUUUGGAAUAUUUUUCGCGUUUUCCGUUAAAAAUAAUCGGAUAUUGUUAGGCAAUUGACUGGAAGUAAACUGGUUACAAUGCGGCUUUAAGCAUGCAACAACGAAAAUCUCAUUACCCAUCUAUAUUUUCACAUUUGCAAUGCCUUAUUGGCCUUAAAUGUAGCUUAAACAUGGGGCUAUAAAGGAUUGUUUAGUAGACUGUGUCCAUCAAAACUGGCCCUAUAGUUAGUUAUUAUUGUAAUUAAAGAUCUGGUGUUUAAAUUCUUUUCUACAGGACCUGUAUUGUUUCAAUUCCUGAAAUACUGUAUAAUACAUUUUACUUAACCUUGAAUAUUAUAUUUUUUGUUGCAGAAUUUCGUAUAAGUUUAUAUUCUCUUUUUUUCAUUAAAUAAUAAACUUAACAAAAA